AUGGCCGGAAUCGACGCUCUCCUGAUAGCUCAGGACGAGGACGGAUUCUCAGCUUCGGGGUCUGGCAACCAUAACGUCCAGGAUACGGAGGCUCUAAAGCGUGAACUAGAAGACAAGUUCCUCACGCCAUCGCGAGAGUUCUCGACCGAAUGGCUCAACCGUCUGCAGCAGCGAUGGGAUUUUGAAACAGAAUACACCUCUCUGUUUAAACUGGCACCUCCUCAGACUCGAACGGUGACAAGAUUCCUUCGUCAUGGGCUAGAGGGCAGAGUAACUGGCUACAAGAACGUGACAGUACCGUCCAACAGUGCCACCGCCAAAAACUCGACUAGCUUGCUUCGAAAACCCGCCAAUCGAGCUGACUUUGUCCGCGGAGCUGCUGGUUUCUUUCCAUUUGCUCCUGGUGGUCUCGACAGCAUUGAAGCUACGGCUGCUCUCGAGGAUCAAGUUCACGGAGGUGCUGCAGAAGAAGCCUCACACACCAACAAACUUGACAGGGUCAUCCAAUUAGGUGAAGGCGGACUGCUUCAGAUAGCACCAGGUCUUGACCGUGGUAUUGAUUUCAGCAAGAAACAGAAUGUUCCCGACGAGGAGAUAGCAAAUGCUGUUAAGGAAGCCCUGGAAGAAGAACCUGCAAACGCCAGGGCUGUGGAACAAUCCGAUGAUGACUCACCAGUUGGGACGUCAGAAGAUACUCCUGAUGCUGAGGCAGAUGAAGAUGACAUUGAUGAUAUCUUGCCAGUUGAAUUCCCAGCUCUGGAACCUCAUGGAGUGCUGGCAGCUUCAACUGCCCGUAAGGUUGGCCGUGAAUGGGCACACAUGGUGGAUAUCAGGCAGGGGAUGCCGAAUUUUCGAGAGUUGGUACCUGACAUGGCAAGAGAGUGGCCAUUUGAACUGGACACUUUCCAAAAAGAGGCUGUUUACCAUCUCGAGAAUGGCGACUCCGUCUUCGUCGCUGCCCAUACCUCAGCCGGAAAGACAGUGGUUGCCGAAUACGCCAUUGCUUUGGCUGCAAAACACAUGACAAAGGCUAUAUACACAUCACCUAUCAAAGCUUUGAGUAACCAGAAGUUUCGCGACUUUCGACAAACUUUUGACGAAGUCGGUAUUCUCACCGGCGACGUGCAGAUUAAUCCCGAGGCUAGUUGCCUGAUUAUGACAACAGAAAUUUUGCGAAGCAUGCUCUAUCGCGGAGCUGAUUUGAUUCGCGACGUUGAGUUUGUCAUCUUUGACGAAGUUCACUACGUGAAUGAUUUCGAGCGAGGUGUGGUCUGGGAAGAAGUGAUCAUCAUGUUGCCAGAGCAUGUGUCACUUAUCCUGUUGUCGGCUACAGUUCCAAACACGUAUGAAUUCGCAUCAUGGGUCGGUCGUACCAAGCAAAAGGACAUCUACGUCAUUUCUACAUCUAAGCGGCCUGUCCCUCUGGAGCAUUACAUCUGGGCUGGCAAGGACGUUCACAAGAUCGUCGACUCUGACAAGAAGUUUAUCGAAAAGGGUUGGAAAGAUGCGCACGUCGCGGCGCAGGGCAAGGAUAAGCAGAGACCAGCAGAAACCACGAUUGCCACGCGGGGCGGCAACCCUCGGGGCGGUCAACGCGGCGGACCGCAACGAGGAGGACCGCAACAACGUGGUGGGCGAGGAGGUGGCCAGCAACGGGGUGGAAAUCAGCAACGCGGACGUGGAGGGCCGCCUCGUGCCAGUCACGCCCCUGGCCAUAUGGGCCGCGGCGGCCGUCCUGGUGGCAUGUCUUCGGCUGCCCAGGACAAGAAUCUAUGGGUUCAUUUGGUCCAGUUUCUCCGAAAGAAGACUCUCUUGCCGGCUUGUAUAUUUGUCUUCUCGAAGAAGAGAUGCGAGGAGAAUGCGGAUGCUUUAAGCAAUCAGGACUUUUGCACAGCCCAGGAGAAGAGCCACAUUCACAUGAUUAUUGAAAAGUCCAUUGCGAGAUUGAAACCGGAGGACCGAGUGUUGCCUCAGAUUAUCAGGUUGAGGGAAUUACUCGGGAGAGGUAUUGCGGUCCAUCACGGCGGUCUACUGCCAAUUGUCAAGGAAUUGGUGGAAAUCUUGUUCGCGCAGACGCUCGUCAAGGUGCUGUUCGCAACAGAAACAUUUGCUAUGGGUCUGAACUUACCGACAAGAACGGUGGUCUUCUCGGGCUACCGAAAGCAUGACGGACACUCAUUUCGGAACUUGCUUCCUGGCGAGUAUACUCAAAUGGCUGGUCGAGCAGGUCGCCGUGGUCUCGACACGGUUGGAUCGGUCAUCAUUGUCCCUCCGGGAAGUUCAGACGAUGUCCCUCCUGUCGCUGAGUUGCGUAAUAUGAUACUCGGCGAGCCGUCUAAGUUACGCUCUCAGUUCCGUCUUACGUACAACAUGAUUCUCAAUCUCCUGAGAGUGGAGGCGUUGAAAAUUGAGGAGAUGAUCAAGCGCAGUUUCUCUGAGCACGCCACUCAGGCACUUCUACCCGAACACGAAAAGGACGUGAAGCUUGCUCAAGCUGAUCUUGCCAAGGUCAAGAGGGAGCCAUGCAAAACCUGCGAUGCUGUUAUGGACGAGUGUCACCAGGCCGCGCAGGACUUUAAGCAGCUUACCCUCGAGCUCUACAAAGGCCUGCUCCGAAUCACAAUUGGACGAAGGAUGUUUACCCGACAGCGGUUGGUUGUCUUCAACUGGGAAGGCAUUCGAACUGUUGGUCUAUUAUUAGCAGACGGUAUGAGCCCAAAGGGCACGACGGAUGACCCUAUUCUUCAUAUUUGCGCGAUCAAACCCUUGAGGGAACGACGAGACGCAACUGAUCAGCUGCCAUUUGUCCCUUGGUUCCGCAGAUAUUUGCAUAAGUUGCCCCAGGGCAAGAAACGGCUGCAGACUAAGAAUCUUCACGUGCCGCUUAGCGAUGUGGAAUGUUUGACGAGAUGGGUUCUCAAAGGUGUUAUCCCAGAGAUCUUUAAGGGCGGCGAAGCAGGGCAGCAAGCCUUGGAAAAGUUACAAGACGUUUGCUCUGCUUGGGACAACCGAUGGGACGAAGUGGACAUGGGCAAGAUCAAGAGCAUGCAGUUGCAAGAGCUCGUGGAGAAGCGCGCCGAGUUGGUGAAGACGAUGUCCAAUUCGUCGGCAGUGAAGUGUCCUGCGUUUUUGAAACACUUCGCCAUGUGCCACGACGAAUGGCUCAUCAAAGAACAUAUUUCUCAACUCAAACAAUCGCUUUCCGACCAGAAUCUCCAGCUCCUACCCGACUAUGAACAGCGCGUCCAAGUCCUCAAAGAACUCGACUUUAUCGACGACGCCACGCGAAUCCAGCUCAAGGGCAAAGUAGCAUGCGAAGUCCACUCUGGCGAUGAACUCGUUCUCACCGAACUCAUCCUCGACAACGUCCUCGCCGACUUUGAACCCGCUGAAAUCGCUGCAUUGCUUUCAGCUUUCGUAUUCCAGGAGAAGACUACCGUCGAACCCACGCUAACGGGUAACCUGGAGCGCGGGCGGGAUACAAUCAUUGCUAUUUCUGAAAAAGUCAACGACGUUCAGACCAGGUUGCAAGUGAUUCAGUCAGCAGAUGACUCAAACGAUUUUGUGUCACGGCCGAGGUUUGGUCUAAUGGAGGUGGUGUACGAGUGGGCACGGGGAAUGAGUUUCAAGAAUAUCACAGGCCUGACGGAUGUGCUUGAGGGCACGAUUGUCCGAACUAUUACGAGACUAGACGAGACGUGUAGAGAGGUGAAAAACGCAGCAAGGAUUGUGGGUGAUCCCGAGCUGUACCAAAAGAUGCAAGAGGCGCAAGAGUUGAUAAAAAGGGACAUUACGGCUGUGGCAAGUUUGUACAUGUAG